AUGGAGGAACCCAACGAUUUUCUUCGUCGAAUUUUGGAUAAUCUUUACCAGAAAGCCACUGUAGCACCCAAUAAUGAUGAUGAACACGGAGCGAUAGAUGCAUUCAAUCAGUUUCUGAAGGAUCAGGAAGCACAAAAAGCAGCAAAAGAACAAAUGUUGCAAGAACAAAUACAAAAAGAAGAUCAAUUCGAAAGAGAGCUGCUUGCAAUGCGAGCGUAUGCCCGACAUAACGCACCUGAAAACAACAAUCUUGAGGAGCGCCGACGUGCCAAAUUAAGACAGAAAAAUAUAGAAUCAAUGGAACGACUAUUGGCUCAAAUGCGUUCGCGACGAAUAGAAGAGCAGCGUCAAUUUGAAAGGAGAAUAGGUUUCAGUGAGAGACAACCGGAUGAACCUGAAGUUCGGGUGCCAAUUCCACCGGAAACGCCUCAUCCGUUGGGUCGAUUGAAUUUUGAGUUUGGAGAGGUUUCUCUGCCAGUUUUGCCACCAAAUAAGACAUCUGAUUUCAAAUUAUGGUCGCCAAUCGACUUCAUUCAGUGGGUAUACCAAGUCAUACGCCCACAUGUGGUUGAAUCAGUUAUGACUCAAAUUGCUGAAUUUCAAUUUGACGGAUCAGUAGUCAGUGAACUUGCCACUGACGCCAAGAUGAAGGAACACCUUGGACUCAACGAUCAGCAACAUUCACUCCUUAAAAGUGAAGCUAGAAAAGUGGUCAAUCGGUAUCAUUUGGAGAAAUUUGAAAAGGAAAUGGAGCAGUACAUGAACGAGUGGUUAAUCAAAGAAGCAAAAGGGAAAUUUGGAGAUGAUAAUGAUGAUGAUUAG